AUGAGGGCUCCGGCAGUGCUGCUGGGAAUACUGAGCUUCCUAGGGGUGGUUCCUGGGGGCUGCCCCGCUCUCCGCUGGGACAGCACCUCUUGCCACUUGGCGGGGCUCGUCCCUGGCAGCCCCUUGAGCUCUCUGAGCUUCCUGGGCAAAGAUGCCCAGGGCUUGGCGCUGUUCCAAGCCCGCUGGGACGCGCGCAGGAGACUGCAGGCGUGCAGCCGGCAGGAUGAGCCGGAGCUCACCGCAGCCUACCGCACCCUCUGCACACAUGAGGCCACGCGGGACUCCUUCACCCACACCCCCGGACCCGAGCUGCAGAGAGCGCUGGCCACGCUUCAACGGGAGGCUUGUGCGGGACCCGAAGACACGUCCCUGGCCAAAGCCAGGGAGAGGCGAGCAACCGCGCAGGCUGGAGCUCAGGCGGGCGGGUACCCGCGAGUGAAAAGAGGCUGGACCGUGCCUGGCACGCUGUGGUGUGGGGUCGGGGACUCCGCCGGCAACUCUUCGAAGCUGGGCAUCUUCCAGGGCCCCGAUCUCUGCUGUCAAGAACACGACCGCUGCCCACUGAACAUCUCUCCUCUGCAGUACCAGUAUGGUAUCCGCAACUUCCGGUUCCACACCAUCUCCCACUGCGACUGUGACACCAGGUUCCAGCAAUGCCUGAGGAACCAGGGCGACUCCAUCUCCGACCUCGUGGGCAUUGCCUUCUUCAACGUGCUGGAGAUCCCCUGCUUCGUGCUGGAGGAGCAGGAGGCGUGUGUGGAGUGGUACUGGUGGGGCGGGUGUAGGACGUAUGGCCUGGUGCCCCACGCCCGUCUCCAGCCCAGGACCCACUACAAUGCCUCCUGGAGCUCCACAGCCACCUCCCUGCCUCCCAGCCCCCAGAGCCCAGCCCCGACCAAACCCGCACUCAAGCAGCAGCACCGUCGGAAGUGGUGGUGGCGGCACAAAGCAUCCAGGCGGCUGAGCACAGCCAAUGCCACAGCCUUCCAGACCCCCAUGGCCUCCCCCGUACCAGGGCUGGAUCCCACAGCAGACCAGUCUGGGAUGCCUCCUCAACCAGGCCCUCAGAGCUCACGGGGUGAACUCAAACGUCAGGGUGCCCGCCAGGCCUGCCGCGGCUUCCGCCACUUGGACCAGUGUGAGUUCCAGAUUGGGUCACAAGAGACCAAGUUCCGGCUGCUCAACACUGCUCGUAGGCCCCUCUUCCACUGUGACUGCACGCGCCGUCUAGCACGCUUCCUGAGGCUCCACGGCUCCCCUGCGGGCACCGACAUACUGUGGGAGCAGCUGGGCAUGACCUGCUUCAAGCUGGCACUUCCUCUGGACUGUAUCGUGAGCGAAGGCUGUUCUAAGGACCCCAGGGCCAUCGAGGUGUCAGCUUGGCAUCUGUGGCGACUUUUUCGGCAGAGGCGACGGGAGCUCCAGGAUAAGGACACGGAUGAGGGGCAGCACCCAGGGCCUCCCAUGCCCUUCUAUGACCAGUGCCUCCAGCUAACCCAGGCAGCUAACCUAGCAGCCCCAACAGGCAGAAGAAGUUCCAAGCCAGGAUCGCCUUGA